GUCGAUGACGAAGCUUUGAAGAUUCGAAUCGGCAAACAAUAUCACAUCCAAGGUUGAAAGAUACGUAAAGUGUAUAUAAGAAAUUCCAAGUAAAAGAAGAAGCACACUUUGUCGUGCUUUCUGACAUUCUGUGAUAAAUCUCGUGUUUUCCAACAAGACAUUCCGAUUUUAAUUUAAUUAACAAGAAGAAUAUAUUGCAAUGGAACUGAUACGGCCGGAUCGAGAAGCAAAAUGUACUUGGACAGUAAACGGUGAAAAUUCGCCGCAUACGAAACAAACAGAAGUACCAAACCGUAAAAAAAUAUUACCAAACAUUUUAAGUGCAAUUGGUCAGACGCCUCUUGUUCGAUUGAAUAAUAUUCCUAAAUCUUAUGAAAUCAAGUGUGAAAUAUAUGUAAAAUGUGAGUUCUUUAAUCCUGGAGGAUCUGUCAAGGAUAGGAUAGCGCAUAGGAUGAUUGAAGAUGCAGAAAAAAAAGGCCUUAUAAAACCAGGUUAUACAAUUAUUGAGCCAACCAGUGGCAAUACUGGCAUUGGUCUAGCAAUGACUGCAGCAGUCAAGGGCUAUAGAUGCAUUAUUGUGAUGCCGGAGAAAAUGUCUAAUGAGAAAGUUUAUGUGCUUCGCGCUCUUGGUGCAGAAAUAGUCAGAACGCCGACCGAAGCUGCCUGGUACAGUCCGGAGGCACAUAUCAGCGUCGCACAAAAACUGCAAAAAGAAUACCCAAUAGCAUUGUUUUAGACCAGGUAUUUCUUUCU